AUGUGCGUCGUCAACAUCCGGCGGCUUCGCCCAGAUCUUCUUCUCGGCGACAACCCAUUCCAUGAAAACGUCGCGGACCUCGUGCGAGGACGCCCCGUCGAGUCGCGCCGCAUCCUCGAUGGUCGUGAAGACAUGGCGUUCAGCAUGCGCUGCCACGGUUCGUCGGUACCGGGCCCGUAG